UCUCAUGUUGAAGGACGUCUGUGCUGUAGUAACCCCCCACAUUGACAGUGAGAGGCAGGAGGGAGAGAAGAAGAGUGUGUGUGUGAGAGAGAGACAGAUCCUGAGAGAAGGAAGGAUAGAGAGACUAGAAAAGAGAGACAGUGAAAGAGUAAGGGAUACAGGACGUGUCCGUAAGACAGGUCAGAUAGAGAGUGAGUGACAAAGACAGACAGAUAGAGUGAGAGAGAGAGAGAGAGAGAGUGAUAGAUAGCGUGACACAGAGAGUGAUAGAUAGAGAAAGAGAGAGACCUGUGUCCUUGCCGUGUAUCUUAAAGGCCCUUUGGAGUCCCCUGUGGGAAAACGUGCUGGUCAAGGCAUCGACAUGGCAACCAAGGUGGUAACGUAUCGCAGCCAGGAGGAGCAGACGUCUCAGAUGGCUCAGAGCAUGGCGCUCACUUCGCAGAUCAAAAGGAAGAAGUUCACCUCCAGUGAUGAAGAGGCCUCCUACAGUGCCUUCUAUCCCAUCAUACCUGGCGACGUGAUGUCCGUCAAGGAGAUCCUGACCACCCCCAAGUUCCCCCGCCACCGGACCUGGGAUGCGCUGAAGGACACGAUGGAUGCAGACCUGGUUCGGGAGAGGGAGAAGUGGACCCUGUUCGGCAACGAGGCCGAGAAGGUGGAGGUCGACGUUAUACGGAACCAGCAGCUAAUCCGAACGCGAAUGGACCGCAUGUCUCUACGCCAGGAGCUGCACGAGAAGAAGAUGGUCCACAUGAAGUACCUGGACGACCUGAGCAAGAAGACUCCUGACUUCCCCAUCCCGCUGCGCCCCCACACCGUGUGGGAGGGCAUGGGGGUGAAACUCUCCUGCACCGUUCAAGGCUCGCCCGCCCCCAAGGUCACCUGGUACAAAGACGGGAUCACUCUGAAUGUAUCCCACCAGCCCUGGAGAUACCACCUGGUCCAAACAUUUGGCCUCAACACUUUGGAGAUCAGGAGAUGCUGUUCUGAGGAUGCUGGAGAAUAUAAGGUGGUGGCAAAGAGCUCCUUGGGAGAAGCUACCACCUUCGCUACUCUCCAUGUAAACGCCUAUGAAGGAUUGCAGUCUGGACUGGAGAUUACGCAGAUCCCAGCUCUGGUUCUGGAGCAGGAGGCACUGUUUGGGUCGACCUUUGCCCCGACCUUCGUGAAGGAAGGGGAGACUCUCACUCUGCGCUGCAGCUUCACUGAGCCACUGCUGCCCUUCCAACAAGAUGUGACCUGGUUCAGAGACGGUGAGGCUUGGCCUGUGUGUGUGUGUAUGUGUGUGUGUGUGUGUGUGUGUUUGUGUAGGGUGUGUGUGUAUGUGUGUCGUCUGGAGGUGCAGACAGCCCUCCGCUCCAGCUCUCUCUCUCUGAGGACCAUCCAGAAGGAGCAUGAGGGCCUGUACAAAGUCCGCCUGCGCACCUGGGAAAGUUACACCGAACACAGCGCCUACAUCUAUGUCCGAGGUCAGAGCUGA